GGCCCGGGCGGUACGAGGAAGGGCUGCGCGGGAGGUGUGCGGAGCGCCAUGAGCGGGGGCGGCCCCGCGUCCCCCGGGCGCAGCGGAGCGGCCCGGCUGCCCGGCGACAGGAAGCGGGAGUCGCUGGCGGCCGGGACCCCGCUCCACCCCAUUAUAAAGGAUGUUGGGGAAAUUCAUUCAAGACUACUGGAUCACAGACCAGUAAUUCAGGGGGAAAUACGUUACUUUAUUAAAGAAUUUGAAGAAAAACGUGGCCUCCGAGAGCUAAGAGUACUUGAAAAUCUGAAGAACACAAUCUUUGAGACAAAUGAACACGUUCUUCCUAAGUGUGAGCAAGCUAUGCAUGACAAUCUAAGCAAAGCAUUAGAGAGAUUGCAAGCUGCCAACGAUGCAAUCCAUAGACUCCAAGAGAAGGAGCAUGAAGAAAGGAAGCUUCUGACCAACAAGCUAAUUGCUGAUGAAGAGAAACGCAUUUCCCACUGGGAGACAUUCGUGAAAGAACAACAGAACAAACAAGCAGAGGUGGACGAAGAGCACAGAAAAGCUAUGCAGCGCCUCAAAGAGCAGUAUGCUGACAUGGAGAAGGAACUGGCUAAAUACGUUUCUUUUUAAGACUUUCUUUUUUUAGUAAUUCUGUUUAUGUGCCAUUACCCAGUUGCUUCAGACUUACCAAACUGAGAUUCUUCUGGAAAAAAAAAAAAAAAAGAAUUUCCUCUGAGUUUGAUAUGGGAAGAAAAGUUUUGCAUACUUUCGACUUAAGUGCCUCUUCAUGCUUGUUCAGGGUCAGUGGAGUGCCAUUAUUUCUUAGUUUGUUGGAAAGUAGAACUACAUUGUGCAACUGCAUCAGCUCAGAGUUGCAAACCAGAAUUCCCUGCCUUGUGCAGACAGUACUGUAUCAUUAGGGGAAGUAGAGCCUAAUGUUAUGUUAAGUAUCCCAGUAUGCAAUCACAGCCCUUUCCCAGAAAGUACAUGCAAUAGGUUCCAGCCAUAGUUAGCUGAGAAUUAACUGGGAAAACUAUAAAUCCCAUUCAUAGAUUUCAGGAAAACCAGCUUGUGUUACAGAAUACAGUAGGUUUUGAAAAUUCAGUGAUGGAAAAUCUCAGUGUGGUUUUAAAUCCAGUAAUAAUUCCAGAUUUGGCAUUUGCAUCUUAAGUAUCUUAAGCUCUGAAGCAGAGAUGAGAUUUAAUUUGUUUUUGCUAACAGACUAAUAAAAGUGGCUAAGUUACCUUGGACAACAAAUAGUUUUCUCUCCCUGUAAGUGUCUCAGACCUCUCUUUUUAAGCAUUACUAUUCCAAGCAAAGCCAAAACAAGUUCAGAGGUAAUCAUGGGAAGCACGCUGGUCUUUGUAUUACCUUGUAGCUAGUACAGUAUUUAUCUUAAAUAUUUGGUAUGGUUUACUAUUGGUUUACUUAACAGAUAAACUUGUCAGAACUAUCUUAAUCUAUAAAAUAAUUGAGGAAAGAUUAUUUUUCUUUAUCAGUGUAACAAAUGAGCAGAUUAAUGGUAAGACCUCUGUAGUACCAAUCUAUUUUCUUACUAACUGUUAAGGAGUAUGUGAAGCUCCUGUCACUAUUUUCGUUUAUUUUAAACUUGCAUUUAACAGCAAUAUAACUGAACAAUUUAACUUAAUCCAUUCAUUAACAAAGCAAAAUGAGACAUUGUAGCUUAAUGAAAUUUGCUGCAAGCUAACCCAUAGUACAGGAAAUAUCUUUUCAUGUUUUAACUGCUGUGCAAUAUAGAAUGGAAACAGGUAAAAAUAAACAUAAUUUACCCUUUACCUGUAUUGCAGCAGCAAUAUGCCAACAAUGGUUACUUGUGUAAGUUUAUGGCUUGGUGUCAAAGCUCUAUUCCUGGCAGCGUGUUGAUAGUGUGAUUAAAGUUAGUAGAGGAGAUGGAAUAAGUAUUUGAGAUUUCUUUCAAUAACACUGAAUUCCUGCCAAGCUGCUCUGUCUGCUACUGUCGGCCUGACAGCUUCAUCAAUCAUCAUCAGGUAUCUGGACUGAAAAGAGGACUUACCGACACUGGGGCAUACUGGAACGUUGUUAAUUCUCUGUUGUGGAUGGAAAAAAACGUGGAUGUCUCCAAAGUAUCCCACACUUGAAAAAGAGGAAAGCCUCUUUUAGAACAACUCCUUUUUAAAUAGGAGGUAACUUCUGUAGUAUUUUUCAGCUUAUGUAUCCUCUAAUGAGUGUUAUAACUAAGCUCAGACUUUCAUUUAUGAAGAAGAGGUUAGUGCAUGUUUAGAGUUGAGUCUAGGGUAGUUUCUGAUUGUUUUGAGGACAAACUGAAAGUGACUUCUCUCUUAAAAAAUGUAUAUGUACUCAAAGCCCAAAUAUCUUCAUAAUAAAAUGCAUCUAACUAUAUUCUGAAUACAUUUUAUUUUUGCACUGAUAAUCUUUAUUAAAAUUUAGAUAUCUCAUUAACUGUGCACUGGAGCUGUAGAAUUUAGUAUUCCUCCAAUUUGAGGGCUCUUAAGCAAUGAUACAAGUCUUGCAAUUUGGAUGUUCACUGGAAAAUAAAUAUUUCCAAAACCUUCUGGGUCUAGUGCUCCCAAUUCUUUGAAAACCUUCUAAAUACUGGUGUUGAAAAUGUAUUCCUUUUCUAGGAUGAUACAGGUAUUAUGCUAAAAAUCACGUUUCUUCAUUGUCUGUGCCUGGCUAUUGGCCUACUAUCAUUCAUUGGGGGACAACCUGAAAAAUAUCUAAUCCCAAAUUCAGUGGCUUUCACUCUUUUAUAUAUGAUAUGCUGUUGUUUUUGAGGUGCUUUGAAAUACAUAAAUUGCCUUUGGAGAAACUUGCCAACAUUUACAGGAAAACGUAUUUUUCUGUCAUAGCAUUAAAAAAAAAAAAAAAAAGAAAAAAGAAAAGAAAGAAAAGAAACCAAAAACCUUACUAUGUCUAAUCUCUUUUAUCAAUAUAGAACAUAUCUGACAGAUAUGAUAGCUAUGUGGUACCUAACUUUAUCAUUUUUAGCAAAGUGAGAGUGUGAUCUGGUUUGACACAAUAGUGUUCCACAGUGUUUUUGUAAGAUUCAAAUUCUGUUAUCCAGCAAAGAGUCUUUACCAACUGGGAGAAAUAGAAAAGAAUAGUUUCAAAGUUGUUUUAUGGCAUUUGUUCAUGGAAGUAUUUUAGCUUAUACUUGCAAUGUUUACAUGAUUAAACUUUUUAAUAGUUUACUUAGAUUCCUUGAAAAACUUCAAGGAAUUAUUUAAUCCCUGUUAAACUUGAUAAAAGUUUACAUUGGAUCCUAAUAGGAGCUGAAUCAAGUCUUCAACUUUUAAUUAAAUUUCUAAUGCCUAAAGUGAAUUUUGCAAUCCUGCCUUUCACCAGAGUAUGCAUAUAACUUUUGUUUAACACUGUUUCACUGGACUAUACGUAUAACUGUUGUUGGUAGUGAGUAGUGUGUUUGGAUGUCAUGUAAUCACUGGAAUAUUCGUGUAAUCUUUCUAUUCUAACAUAUUGCAGAGCAAUAAAGUGGUGUUCUAUUCAUAUGAAAACAA